UGACUCUAUAGAAACAGGCCAGAAGGUAAGGAAAAGACUUGAACGACAUAUCGAAAAAAACCUUGCAGUCCGCGGAAGAAGAAACACAGCAGUGGUGAAGAAACAGGCUAGCAGAAAAAAGGAGAAGAAUUUCAAAUAUAUCAAGAACAAAAUCGCAAUUUGGAGUUUACCUACAAUGGGAAACAAACCUGCAAAACCAGCAGCCAGAUUGAAGGAUGAUGUGGUGAUAUUGAAGAUUGUCCCUCCAAUAGAUCACGCUUGGGCCCGUUGGUUAGCUCGGGAUGUCAAGAGGAUUCAUGGCUUCCCUCUGAGAAAUGCUAGCGCUAUCAAGCCCCCGGAUCAUUACAUUGAGUGCAUGAAAAUGAAUGGACUGUUGGAUGUAGACUUGGAUGAUCCUGACCUGGCUCAUCUGUUUAAGUAGACAUGGUGAUCUAAAGAGCAAGGUUACCUAUUCUAAAACAAGUACAAUAACAUUCUCUAUUUAAAUAAAUAAAAAUUGUGCAUCAACUGUCAUGAGCUGAGUUUAAAAUUGUGCUCUUAAGAUUUGAGGCCCUUUGGAGUUGUAAGGCGUGAGCAUAAUCAUAAGGUCGUUUGAGGCUUCAUAUUUUGUAUACAAAAAUAAUCUAAACUGUUACUAACAAUACAGGUGUAAAGCAUAUUCAUUUACCCAGCUAUUGUUGAUAGGAG